UCAAUUACUUCACAACCACAGCCGCAUAACUCAAUCGUCAGAGCUCCCCGAUACUCGUCUUUUGCUCAAUUCCCCCAUCACAGGCACAAUGAGCGGCGAACAGCUUCCGCAGAGGUUCGAGACGUUGCAGCUUCAUGCUGGUCACAACCCGGAUUCUGAGACCAACUCCCGCGCCGUUCCCAUCUAUGCGACUACUUCAUACGUCUUUAAAGACUCCGCCCAUGGCGCGAGGCUUUUCGGUCUCAAGGAGUUUGGCAACAUCUACUCCCGUAUCAUGAACCCCACGGUCGACGUGUUUGAGAAGCGCAUUGCCGCGUUGGAGGGUGGUGUCGCCGCUGUCGCUACGGCUUCCGGUCAGGCCGCGCAGUUCAUGGCCAUCGCGGCUCUCUGUGCUGCAGGCGACAACAUCGUGUCCACCUCCAACUUGUACGGCGGCACCUACAACCAGUUCAAGGUCGCAUUCCCGCGGUUGGGUAUCAACACGAAAUUCGUCAACGGAGACAACCCGGAGGAUAUUAAGGCGGUUAUCGAUGACAAGACCAAGGCCGUCUAUCUGGAGAGCAUUGGAAACCCGAAGUACAACGUGCCAGACUUUGAGGCUAUCUCGAAGGUCGCACAUGAAGCUGGUGUCCCGGUCAUUGUCGACAACACCUUCGGCGCUGGCGGCUUCUUCUGCCGUCCCAUCGACCACGGUGUAGACAUUGUCGUUCACUCUGCAACCAAGUGGAUUGGUGGUCACGGCACGACUGUGGGUGGUAUUGUCGUUGACGCUGGUAGAUUUGACUGGGGCAAGCACGGGAAGCGCUUCCCGCAGAUGGUCGAGCCCUCCGACGGUUAUCAUGGCCUGAAAUUCUGGGAGACCUUUGGGCCUUUGACUUUCGCGAUCCGCGCGCGCGUUGAGAUUCUGCGCGAUCUUGGCGCCGCCAUGAACCCCUUCGCCGCCCAGCAGCUACUGCUUGGUGUUGAGACCCUAAGUUUGCGUUGCGAGAGGCACGCGGAGAACGCGUUGAAGCUGGCGAAGUGGUUGGAGGCGAACGAGAACGUCUCUUGGGUGUCUUACCCGGGUCUGGAACACCACCAGAGCCACCAGCUGGCGAAGAAGUACCUGCCUCGGGGCUUUGGCGGUGUCUUGUCUGUCGGUGUCAAGGGCGAUGCUGAGGCCGGUAGCCAGGUCGUGGACAACUUCAAGUUGAUCUCCAACCUGGCUAACGUCGGCGAUUCGAAGACGCUGGCGAUCCAUCCCUGGUCCACCACCCACGAGCAGUUGUCCGACGAGGAGAAGAUCAGCAGCGGUGUCACCGAGGACCUGAUCCGCAUCUCGGUCGGCACCGAGCACAUUGACGAUAUUAUUGCCGAUUUCGAGCAGGCCUUUGCGGCUGCGUCGACCAAGCCCAGCGCAGCGGGCCACACCGAGAACGCCGAGAAGACCGGGGAUACCAAGAGCGACGCGGCCAUCAGUGGUUCCACCUAGAUUUGCGAGAUACAUAGAGCGAUACCUGUUUGUUUAUGAUACCUGGGUUUUGGGGGCUGCAGGGGCGAUGCAGUUUGGAUUAAGCAUAAGCGUAAGCAUGAUGACGACAAGAAAAAAAGAAACGGCGGACUCGGCGAUCAGAUGGGCCUCGGUAGCACACGAAUCUCAUACAUGUUCCUUUUGCCAGCGCUCACAUGGA